AUGUUACCAACAUUAUCGGGUGUACCAGGAUCAGAUUACAUGAAUGGAAAUUAUAUCAAGGUAAGACCAAAACUCCCUUGUAGCUCUGAAGACUGUUGAGCUUUCCAAAAUGAUGUCUUGUCAUGUGAUGUACACCAGGCAACACUCAGUGGCUUCAAAAUUAAUGUAAUCCUCAUGGCAAUACAGGGUGCAAAGAAAGUCAGUUAUACAGCCUGUCAUUCGGGCAAGCUGUAGCUAGCAUGUUCUCGUUCACAAGUCAUUUCAACUAGCCCAAAACACUUUUUGAUUAGCAGGAUUGAUUACAAUCUGUUUGUAAUUUAAAGUUCCCCCCAAAACAGCACUUGCCCGUCGGGCAAGUUAAGAACAAAAAUCACUAGCCCGAUAGCAAAAUCCACUAGCCCCGGGCUAUCGGACAAGACUUUCUUUGCAUGCUGCAAUAACUCCCAUUUUUGUCCUUUUGGGCAAUGUACUUGAGUUUUUUAAUGUAACACAGUCCUGUAAGUGUUACAUGUAGGUGUCAGUAUGUUUGGAGACUCAGCUGAUAGCUAACUGGUGAUGACCAAUUUUUCAGGGUGCGGAUGGAAACACUGCAUACAUAGCCUUACAGGGACCUCUGCCAAGAACUGUUGAUGAUUUUUGGAGGUUGAUCGCUUCUCAUAGAUGCCAGGUGGAUAAUGUGUAUAACUUUUUAUAUUAUUGUUAUCUUAGUAGUUAUUGAAUUGUUUUUAUUGGUUUACAUUAGUAUUUAAAGAAAUAUCUCUUAACUAUAAGCAAUGCAAGGAGGUUUGUACUGUAUGUUAUGGACUGAGUUUUUACUCAAUGUUAUCGCGGCUGUCCAAGGUUGAAGUGCACAGGCCAAAAAAUCAACAGGAUAAAAGGAAGAUCUGUAACUUGCAGCACAGACUGAGAAAAUGAGGUUGGCUACAUUGUAGGUAUAGUUAACUGGGCAUACCGAAAAGGAAACUUUCAAAAUAUUUAGCGCAUUGUACUCCAGUGGAGUAAGGCCUGUUUCAAACAUUGUGCUAGCUGCUGUUCUAAGCUGGCUUGACUUCAGCACAAGUGCAGUAGCACAACUUGGUUUCAAACGUGGAAUUUAACUCAGUCAAAUAAAAUAACUGGUGUGGAUACAAAGCUUUUUAGUGAACUUCUAAAAUGUAUGUAUUAUUCAUGAAUUGAGUCCAGCACAGCAGCGGCACGAUGGUUAAAACCAAGACGUGCUACAGCUGUGUAGCACAGCAAAACUUGCCAUGUUUCAUGGCAGUGGCACCACUUGGCUUGAAACGUUGUGCUACUGCUGUGAUAGUUAAAGCUGUUCCUUUAAGUUAGGCAUGGCAGUACAGUUGUAGCAUUUGAAACAUGCCUUGAGGACCUGCAAAAUCGACCAUAAUCACAGCACAUGUAACUGACAAAGAGGUAUUAAUAAAUGAUUUUACUAAGCUUUCGCAUUUUAUCUGAAUUUUCUUAUCUUACUGCUAGAUCGUGAUUAUGGUAUGCAGAGAAAUUGAGAUGGGAAAACUGAAGUGUAAAAGAUAUUGGCCCAUGAGUAAGGAUGAGAAAAUGAGCUUUGCUGGUAUGCAAAUCUCACUGGUAAGUAAUAUAUCACGUUAUUAUUUUAACAGUUUGCCUGUUGCACCUUGUUCAAAGAAUAAAAUACACUGUAGCAAUAUUUGUUUGCUGGUCCAUCCAUUUAUGAGACCCUGUCCCUUCUUGCAGAUCUCUGAAGAAGACAUUGCUGAAGGCUUUGUUAUCAGAACUAUGCAGAUGAAAUCUGUGAAGGUACACGGGUAUAUUUCUUAUGUUUAAUUCUCGUAACCCUUUAAGCUCCAAGAUCCAAAUACAAAUUGUCCAGACCGAUCUCCAUACGUUUCCUUUAAGAAUAGUUGAGAGAAUUUGGUUUAAGAUCAAAGUAUUCUCCCUUUGGUCCUCAAUUGAGUAAUUCUCAUAACCUUUUCUCUUGUUGAUCUUGUUGUUACGAGAAAAUUGAUGUUGGAAACUCUUAUGACAAGCAGCCAGCAUGAUCGUACAUGUUUUUUUUAAAGCCCAUGGCUGUUGGUCUGGCCAGUGUUUGAAGCAGCAUCCUCCUGCUCGGCAGACCAGCACUGUUCCCACUGUGCUAACCUAAACUGGGCGACCAAAAUUAGUUGUCUUAGUAAAUGUGUACAUUGUACUAUACUAUUAGUUUGAUGAUCACCUCUGUUACAACUGACCUCCAAAUCUUAUUAUCUUGGAGUUUUUGAUGGUAAAUCAGGCGAGGUAAUUAACUUGUAUUUAAUAAAAACAAGGGUAAUUUUCCACUGGCUGAGUGUAACGAAUUAAGUGGAAAAUGUUAUUCUCACACACUGCUGGGUGCCUGGGUAUAGGUCAUGUGACUGAAGGGCGGGCAGUUGCUUUUGUUGCUACCGUCAUUACUGACCUUCCCACCCCCCACCCUAAGAUUUCAGUUUUGUAUUCUGUUAAAUGUACGGUGCAACUUUGUAGUGUUUGUUAGUGUCCUACCUUUCUAAGGUUAUGAUAUGUGAGCAUUUUUGAGUUUAAAAUAAAGGUCAGGCUGCGGCGGUCGGCUUGGCAUGGCUACCAGUGGUGUGUGAGAAAAAAAAAUUAAUAUAAGGGGUUUGUUAUGAUAGAAAUUUUGCAAUCAUAUUACAUGUACUAUUAAUACAAGACUCGAUCAUUCAUUCAUACCUUGAUGUAGGACCAAAUGACGUGUUCAUGCAUCAUUGACAUUCAUAACAAUUGAUCAAAUUUGUUAUUGAACUAUUAUAAUUCUUUAUUAUUUUUUUUAGGAUGAAAUGACAGUGACCCAAUUACAGUACACAGCAUGGCCUGAUCAUGACGUCCCAAAGUCAGCAACUCCUCUCAUUGAAAUUAGUAGAACUCUUAAAAGUCUCCAAGGCAACAGAAAACAACAAGUUUUAAUUCACUGCAGGUCAGUUACGUCAGUGCUACUUAACAAUAAUAUUAAAGUUACAUGUACCUCUAUUUUUUUGGACUGAGAGGUCAUGUUCCUCAUACUUUAUAAUCAGUCAUGCAAAAAAAUCUCAUAAACAGUCCUCCUAAAUUGCAGCUGAACUUUUUGAAACUGAAGUUUCAUGUUAGAUUUCUUGGAGAAGAUCCACUCAUUGCAUUAGCCUAUGUACAUAAUUAUGUUCUUUCUGCCUGGGACUAUAUCCUUCCCAACUUCUUUUCACAAUGUUUCUGCAUAGAGGCAAUCCAUUGCUUUGGAUUGUUUUCUUUUAUGUACUUGCCUUUAAAGUCUCACUGAUGAAAAGAGUCUGCUAUUCAAAAUACUUUAAAAUUUGACUUUCAGUGCUGGAUGUGGUAGAACAGGAACAAUCUGUGCUGUAGAUUAUGCUUGGGAUCUGCUUAAGAUGCAAGUAAGUGCAAGUUAAGAAAAUAAAAACUAACAUGUUACUUUUAUGUGUCUUACCAACAUCUCAUUCUGUUCUGUUCCUCUCCAUCCAUCCUCAUUCAUCUCAUCUGUUCAUGCAUGCAUUCCAUCACCUAAAUAAAUUCAUUAACAAAUUAAUCAAUUAAUCAAUUUAUACAUUCGUUUCUUGGUUAACUUGUUUUGUCCAUUUUUUAAAAUACUUUUUCUCUUCUUUAAUUUUUUUUUCUAUUCCAAGGAUUAAAAUUCUAAUUCCUGUUAUUUGUGUUGCAGAAAACAAACAAUUUUAGCGUGUAUGAUAUUGUAACAAGCCUAAGAAAGCAAAGGAUGGCUAUGGUCCAAACCAAGGUACCUAACAAAACAGAAAUAAUUUGCAGUGUUUUUAAGUAAACAAAAAAUAAAUGAAAAAUCUGCUGCAGAGGGUUUGAACUUCAUAGAACUUGGUCUUUACAUUUCCUUAGGCUAGUGUGGCAAUGACUUUACAGCAACACUGUCAAGCUUAAAAAAUGUAACGUAAUGUUGCUUCGCGCAGCAUGCAAAGAAAGUCGUAUCCGUUGGCCCGGGCCUAAUGGAUUUUGCUAUCAGGCUAGUGAUUUUUGUUCUUAACUUGCCCAACAGGCAAGUGCUGCUUUUUGGGGAAAUUCAAAUUACACAAGGAUUGUAAUCAAUCCUGCUAAUCAAAAAGGGUUUGGGGGCUAGUUGAAAUGACUUGUGGGCUAGUACAUGCUAGUUACAUCUUGCCGGAAUGGCAGGCUGUAAAACUGACUUUCUUUGCACCCUGCUUCAUGUAACCUUCCAUAGCCAGAUGCACUUUUUAAAGGUCAGAACACGAUAGGUGACAUGUUGCUGCAACAUGUCAUCGUGACAAAUCCACUUCUUGUAUGCAGGUCAGGUGACAAGUUGUGCUUUACAUUGCAUCGAAAAAUUGCUUCCUGGUUACUGGAGAAUUGUUGUGAAAAUCUUGGUCUGUGCAACAGAAUUUUGUCCUGUCACAAAAUUCUGUUGUGGAGACAAACAUUUUCACAGAAUUUCGAGAAAACGUUCUGUUUUUGUGAGUGAUUCUAUUUAAAAGACAGUAUAUUUACAGCAGUUAAAAGGGAUGCAAAGUUCUAAACAAGCUAUGUGAAAGGGGUACCAUUUGUCAAUAGAAGGUAUACAAAAGGGGUACCUUUUUUGUGAAAAACGGCGUAUGUUAAAAAGGGUAAGGGGUUGGACCUCGGGGCGGAGCCUCCCCGUAUAAACAUUAAUUGAGUCUCCCCGCCCCCCGGGAUUAUUGACAGCAACUUUUUGAGGAUCCAGCAAGUAUUGGUAGAUUUGAAUCGCAAUACUAAAUCUUCUGUUGGAUUUUAAGGUUAGCUGUACUAAAUCUUGAUAACACUUGCCCUUGAAGAUAAUCAUAUUAACGUGUUUCCAAACAGGAGCAGUAUGAAUUAGUCUACAAAGCUGUAGUCCAACUUGUUCAAGAGCAAAUAGAAGAGGAGAAAUUCACGUUCCACACAUACGUUAAUGUAGAGCUGCCCAAGUCUCCAAAGUCACAGACCUUAUCUGGGGAAUCAAACUAUGAGAACUGUGAGUUUAUUAGAAGCGUUAAUCGGUGGAAACAGAGUGACAUGCAAAAUGGAUCAGUGCCUAGGAAAAAGUUGCCUCUACCGGUGGAAGCUCCAGCAGGUACUAAAUUUGAUCCUAAACCAUCAUUGUCAAAAAAACCUGCGAUAACACCACCAUCUCCUGAUCCAUCAAAAAGACCACCUCUUCCACUACCCUCUCCUGAGCAAAAGCUGACAUCACCUGAUGUAAAAGGAGGCAAAGACUAUGUAAAUGUAGAGUUUUUAAGCUCCAAUGAGCAGAAAAGGAAAUCACCCAUGGAAAGUACAGAAAACAAGCCUGCAAUGCCAGGGAAACCAACAGUCCCUCAUAAACCAAUGCAAAAUUCUGAUGGUGGAAAAAUUAAGGGUCAAUCUCCAACGUCUGGACAACAAAAACCUCCUUCAAUAUCUGAUUAUGAAGUGCUUCCUGGACCACCAUCGACAGCAAGCCCGCCUACAGUGAUUAACACUAGAAAUAAAGGGACAGUCAGUGAUUACGAGAUCCCUCCUGUGGCUUCUCAAGGUGCUAAGAAUCCAACCAGACACGUUCCUGAAGGUAUGUGGAACUAUUAG